AUGUCUGGGUUAGAGUCUGUGGCUGAGGUGCGAGCCCCUGCACCAGUAAUUCCAGCCCUUGGUGGGGCAGUCCCUACCUCAGUUGAUGCAAGGGCAAAGUGUUGCAUUGCUGCGUUGGAAGAGGAACUUGACACAUUGAGGCAAGAAAAAGGAACCAAGCAAAGAAAGACCACCUACUACGUUGCUCAAGGCAGGGCGAUUCGUCACAUGGUUGCCCUCUAUACCAGCUUGGAAGAUUUAAUUGCCAAGAAUGAUUGCAGGUGUGAAGAUGAGGAUGACUCAGAGGACAACACCUUAACCCAAGAUCGCCUGCAGCGAGGAUAUAUUGCACUCAUGCAAGCUUUACCAUGGCUGCAUGAUAAACUUACACACCUUGACAUCGAUGAUGCAGAAGAUAUGCUGAAAAAGCUCAAAAGAGGCACAGAUGCAGCCCAAGGGGAUGAUACUUCUACUCUCAAGGACCUUGUCGCCUCCUGGGUCAAUCAAGAUUUUCGGCCAUCCCAUCUACUUAAAUCAGAUGACAAGCAUUCACGUGGCUUUGUCCAUGACAUCUGUGGGAAGUUACUCUGUCCUGCCGAGUGGGACUGGAAUAGCGACAGUGUGAAAGCUGGUAUCCAUGACAGAACAGUAGAUUAUAUCGUGUCAGAAAACUCUUGGCCAUUGUUUGUGUACGAGGAUUAUUCAAUCAACCCUGAUAACCUCGAGCAAGGCCUCUUCAAGUCCAAGGUCCUCGUUCAGGCUUUCAAAGCUACAUUUACAUCCCCAUCUUCUGCGAGGGAAGCUGAUGGUGACAGUGACAGAGCUGACAUCUUGGAGAACAACAGGCGUGCUCGGCGGCAAUUGAAUCAGGCAAAGAUCAAAAUUUCAUGGCAGGUUCAUUUUGCUCUAUCCAGCGUCACAUCAUGGCAUACUGUGGAUGGUGAUUUUGACUAUGAGAUAUUUUGGAACAAUAUUGUGGACUUUUUUGAGGCUGUCCCUGGCCCUGGCGCACAAUGUAGGGUGAAUAAACUUCUUGAAUGGUGGACCAGGAAGGUCUUUGGAAGAAAUCAUUGCGAGGACUUGACGCCCGACAUUGUGUCCAAAAUGUCUGUCACCGCACUAGCCGAUCAGAGAAUGGCAUUGGAGGAUGCCACAUUUGAUUCAGAUUAG